GCAUGUCGAUAUGCCUGUAACAAAAGAAGACUGGUCUAAGAGCAUGUUGAAUACGUGCAACUGUUGGUUGAUUUGUGCUUAAACAAGUAAAUUAAAUAAAAGUUCGAAGUAAGGAUGGCGCCAAACGCGAGUGUGCCUAUGCCUCGUUAUGAGAAGGGAACGGGAAUAAAUGCAGUUUUAUUGGGUCCGCCUGGUUCUGGAAAAGGGACGCAAGCUCCCAGACUAAAAGAUAAGUUUUGUGUAUGCCACUUGUCAACUGGCGAUAUGCUUCGAGCUGAAAUAUCUUCGGGAUCCAAAUUGGGAACAGAAUUGAAAAGAGUUAUGGAUGAAGGGAAGCUAGUUUCCGACGAACUAGUUGUGGAUAUGAUUGACAGCAAUUUGGAUAAGCCUGAAUGUCGGAAUGGAUUCCUCCUCGAUGGAUUUCCGCGUACCGUUAUUCAAGCAGAAAAGCUUGAUGACUUACUUGCCAAGAGAAAUACCAACCUCGAUGCCGUUGUAGAGUUCGCAAUAGAUGAUAGUUUAUUAGUACGCAGAAUAACGGGUCGAUUAAUUCACCCUUCCAGUGGUCGAUCAUAUCAUGAAGAAUUCGCCCCACCGAAGAACAAAAUGCGUGAUGACGUAACUGAUGAGCCUCUAAUACGACGCAGUGAUGAUAAUGCAGAAGCCUUAAAAAAACGGCUUGAAGCAUAUCAUAAACAAACCAAACCAUUGGUUGAUUACUAUGCUGUAAGAGGCCUACAUUUUAAAAUUGACGCUGCACAAAAGGCCAGCGAUGUAUUUUCACGAAUUGACAACAUAUUCACAACUCAACGUAGGUCAAGAGAGACUUUAUGAAAUGAGCUAAAAAAUAUAUUAAAUCUAAAAUA